AUGUUUUACAGCUCUCAUGGAAAGUUGGGCUUGAUUACUGGAGCUGGCAGUGCUAAUCCGUAUUCAAUUAGAAAGGCCACUUCUUUCAAGCUUAAUGCCCUGGGUGCCACAUUAAUACUGUGUGACUUGAAUAUGGAAUCACUGGAGAACCUCAAAACAGAACUUGAAGCAACACCUGCCUCUGCCGCACAUAUUUACAUACCAUUGGAUGUAGCGUGCAGCGCCCAAUGUGCCUCAGCAAUCGAUUCAAUCCCAAGCCGCACAGGUACGAACAGGCUUGACUACUUGUUCAACUGCGCUGGAAUCAAUCCCACUGACAUCCCAAUCAUCAACACAACUGACGAGUAUUUCAGUCGAUUGGUGGAUGUGAAUCUUCGGGGGACGUUCAAUAUGAGUCGUGCAUGCGUCCCAUUGAUGAAAGAAGGCUCCGUUAUUAUCAACGUGUCCAGCAUGUGUGGGCUUCGGGGAUAUGCAGGAUAUUCAGUAUAUUGUGCAACCAAGUUUGCAAUUGUUGGGUUUACAAAAGCGUUGGCACUAGAACUUGGUCCUAAAGGGAUUCGAGUCAACGCUGUUGCACCAGGCCCGAUUGAUACGCCAACGAUGGCGGGGAAUGCUUCUGGGAAGGAGGAGGACAAUCAAAGAUUGAAGAAGAGUUUGGCACUUGAGCGAUUGGGUGAGGCUUCUGAGGUGGCGGAUGUAGUCGCGUUCUUGUUUAGUCCCCAUAGUACUUUCAUGACUGGAAGUAUAGUUGAUAUAACCGGUGGUCUUCGGUAG